AUGGACGUACUGAACAACCAGGGUAACCUAUGGCUGAUCGGCCUUGCCAUGCUCUCACUUGCUGGGUUCUUCCUAGUUACCGGGAGAUUGCAGGGUAGCGGUUUCCUAGGUCGACUUCGCAACAACAGGUUCUCUAAACAUGGGUGGCAGCCAUGGGCAGCAGCGGCUGAGGAGAAGGAACUCUCUGGACCGUCUUCUGCACCUUAUGUGAACAUCUUUCCACCACAACGUCGUCAUGUUCUCGAUUCGUCCAAGAUUGCAAUUUCAUGUGAAAGUGUCGACGAGGAAGAAGUUGCAAACUACCCACUGCCUAUGACCUCGAACUACCAGACAUGCACGGGCAAGAGCUAUACUCCAACAGGAUUCUCGGUGGCAGAGGUGAAGGCACUGGGUGAUUUCCCUGACUAUGCUGAACUCAGUGGCGUGCCCUUGCCGGAGCCGUACUAUGAGUUCGACAUUGACAAGGCGUUGCCACGACCUUAUCGCCCGUUCCGGUGGUCCUACCAUCAGACAAUGUCCCUUACGAAGUUGGAGACCGAUUGGUGGAUCGAACUCGAAAAAACCUACAAAGAGCGAGUCAAACAGCGCAAGGAGUUGUACGCCAAACAUGGUAGCUCCGUGCUUGGUUAUCUUCCUGGCUCUGAACUGGCCUGCAAGGAGCUCAUGGAAAUGGUAUUGCAGUUUAUCUGUGCCCGCUACCCGCAGUACUUUGCCGUCGAGAACAACCAGAUUCUGCACAAUCGGAUCCUAGGAACGACAGAGGAUAUCAAGUCCAAGCAUCCCCUCGAGAUUCUUAUCAAUAAUGUGCCAGAGGAUUUUGGGAUCAUGAUGCGCGAUGAGAAGACGGGAUUCUACUUCCUACGCGCAGGCGUCAUCUGUUCGUCUUUGGGAUGGAAUGUUGGAACCAAAAUUGGCCUUCAGCUGCAUCAGAUCCACGAGGACAUUCCGGACUACAAAGAGAAGAUGCAAUUUUCAAUGGAUCGGUUUUUUACCAAGAUGCCUGCCGACAAGCCCAUUCAGAGAGGAUCUUGGGGACUCGAGGUCGGCCAGCCUUUGUACAUGCCUAAAGGGGACCCUCACGAGACACUGCGCCUUUCCCAGGACCCGAACCUCCAGCUGGACAACUGUCACUUGCGUGUCGACUGGCAGACUCUCCGUCGUCUCCCUCUUUCUGCCGCCAUUGUUUUCAACUUCAAGGCUCUUUUCACACCGGUGUCAGAAUUCCAGGACGAGCCGGGCGUGCCUGCAUUGACGGCCAAGAUCCUGAAGGAGGGUAAAAAGAACUUGAUGGAUUACAAAGGCACCUGGCACGUGGAGCACGUUGUAAUGCCGAAGCUCGAAGAGUGGGCCAAGGAGCAAGAGGAGAAGGGAUUGGUCCCCAAGAAUUGGCAGGUGUCAACCUUGGAUGACAGUCCUUGGUACCAGGGUUGGCAGGAGAAAUGGCAUCGCCAGCAGGGAUUUUAA